AUGCUUGCCAAACUUAAAAAAGUGGAACAUCCUCAUGGAACUGAUAUUAACGGAGUAUUUGACAUGAAAUUGCAAGAGGAGAGUACAGUGGAACCUGAUCUUGCUGAGCUUAUCCACAGUGCCUUGACAACACUCCAUGACAAUACGUACAAACGUGUGAAAGGCUCAGCAUGGAAGGAGUGGGAGGUGGUUGUUUGGGAUUCUCGUCGUGUAACCGUGGCUCGAAUUUAUAUGACUCGGGAAACAUGUGAAGCCUUUUCUGCUGUCUGGACAUAUUUCUUUGACGUUGUCAAAUGGGUUACAGGAUGUCCAGUUCUUGUGAAAUUUCUUCACAGGCAGGGACUAUCAACAAUCCUGGUUGAUGGAAGCCAACCCCAAAUUGAAGGGUGCGGUGAUGCAUUGAUGACCAUACAUAAUCAUCUUCCUGCAAAAAAGCAAAUUGCUGGUGUGAAUUCCCUAAAUAUUGUGGAGUACAUCAUGCAAUGCUGCCUUGUGCAUUUGAAUCGAGACUUUGAUAAACUUGUACCUUAUAUCACAGCCGAAGAGAAUAAUUAUAUUCGUUCUGUUUGCUAUCUCAAGACUAACGAAGAGAUCGAGACACUUUGGCACUGGUGCGAGCAUAGCAGUAAUCAAAAGAUUCUCAACUGGUACAAUGAUAAAAAAGGUAAACCAUGGUUUAUUGCACUCAUUAAUGAGCACCACAGCCAUAUUCUGAUUGAUGACUGGUAUAAAAGUCCUGGAAAUACAAAUCUGAAUGAGAGCGCACACCCAUUUAUGAACAUUCACACUGGAAUAGGGCUAUCUCUCAUAGAAGCAAUUAAAACAAACAAGGCACAGAAAGCGGCACAAUGCAAGACUAACAUUGAUGAGCUGCUUCACCUUGAUGAAAAAAUCACACAGGCAACGAUCUACCACAAGGAACUGGUCACCCAGAAGCAUGAACUUGAAGCUAAAUGCAAGGCAAUGGUGCUACUACGUGGAGCUCACUGCAACAUCGAUGACCAAAUCCGAUCAGUGGAUUCUGACCACAAAGAAGCAUACACGGUUCUGCAAGACUUGCGUGCUCAGAAAUAUGACCUAGAGAUGUCCUCUCCUACUCCGACAAAAGGACUGAGGAAGCAACUUCGAAAUGGACGUGCCAUCAAGGGAAAGUCUACACUUUCAGAUGCAGCAUACGAAGACCUCAACCUCAAAUCAGAGAAUAAUGAAGCAGAACCUGUGUUGGAGGAUGACAUACCCUGUGCAAAUGUUAUCGAUGUGACUGGGCCCUCCCUGACAGCCACGACGACUCAAGUUAACACAAGUCUGGAGUUCAAAGCUGAUGCUGACACCCAGACUACUUGUGAGGACAACCCAAGUCCUUUCUUGUGGUUACACCCAAAUGCAGCCUCAGGAGAAGUUUUAUAUGAUCCUCAGGUGGCUAUCGACAUUGGAGAAGCUGAUGCCUUGGAUAUGUGGAUGGUAUGGAAUGGAGGGGCUUUUGUAGCAUAG